UAUUGAGGACUUCCGAUCUAAACACUUUUCCCUGGUUCAACUACUGGCAUCAAAUAAUAUAUGAGUUACAUUCAACGUUGGAACGAAAGCUUAAUUUUACAGGCGAUUUCAAAGAUGCAAUGUGAAUGCUUUUAUUGUGUAAAACCAAUACCGGAAGUUUUGAUCUAAGCUGACCUACUUCUGCACAGAAUGGACGAAGGCGGAGAAGAGGAAACUACUUUUGUCGUGGAAGACGUGACCAAGCUAAUAAAAGACUCCAUAGAAACAGUCAUUGGAGGAAACGCGUAUCAACACGUCAGAGUAAACCAAUGGAGCACAAGCGUUGUGGAGCAGUGCCUAAGUCAACUGUGCAAGCUUGGAAAGCCCUUCAAAUAUAUCGUCACCUGUGUCAUCAUGCAGAACAACGGAGCUGGUCUCCAAACAGCCAGCUCGUGCUUUUGGGACAACUCAACUGACGGAAGCUGUGCGGUAAAAUGGGAGAAUAAGUCCAUGUGCUGCAUCGUUAGUGUUUUUGGCUUGGCCAUUUAAAAAUUAAUGUUUGGCCAUGUUGGCUUUUUUUAUGUCAUGCAUAAUCAAAUAAAAUUAUUUGAAAAAAAA